CCAGAAGGGGUUUGCCCGGGCGCCUCCUCCCUGGGCUGAGGAGAGGGGCCGGCCCAAGGCCACCCAGCCGGCUUCGUGCCUGAGCUUGUGACCCAGCGUGGACUCUGGAACCAGGAGGCUGCCAUCCAAACAGCUGCUCGCUGAAAAGUCAGGCCAAACAAGCCGCUCAGCUCCUGCAGGUCUCCUGUGGCCUCUGCUGGUGGGCUCGCCUCGCACAGAUGCUGCUGGGAAAGUGGGCAGCCCUGCUGGCCGUGGUCGUGGUGAUGGAGGGCACGGCUGCUUUCCCCUCUCCGUUGCUGAUUCGGAAGGUGGGUGAAGAGGCAGCCCUGGACUGCACCGGUGCCCCUGGAGAAAAGGUGGAGUGGCAGCAUGAGGGCAGGACGCAGCCGGAGUCAGGCCGGCACUUUUCGCUUCACCACCUGGACAUCCCUUAUGCUGGGAACUACUCCUGCUGGGCGGAAUCCCGGCUGCUCCACAGCGUCUACGUGGCCGUGUGGGUUCCGGAGGUCUACCUCAUCGAUGAGCGAGAAGGAGAAGAGGGAGAACCUGCCAUUACCUGUUGGGCUCCGUCUUACAGCGGCAUCUUGAACUGUUCUUGGAAAUCUCUGCACCAGGCCACCUUUCAGGUCCACCUGAGACGCACAGAACCAGACGCGGCGCUGUGCCCCUCAGUGGAAGUGGCUGUCCCUGGGAACAAAAUGGUGCACAUUCUGUUGGAAGACUGUUCCUUCUGUCCAUAUGCUGAGGAAACGCCCCUUGUUCUGGUGUUAAAGGGGCUCGCUGAAGACGGUGGCUACACCGAAGUGAGGAAAACAUUCUUCUUGCGGGAGAUUGUGAAGCCUGAUGCUCCCAGCUACCUGAGUAUCGUGGGGCAGAGGAUAUCCUGGGCUCCCCCAGUCUCCUGGAACCUGCCUGCCGCCUACUUCCCUCUGCAGUACAACCUUCGCCUGGAAUCCAGUUCCAGCAAAGAGGAUCUCUUCAUCGAUGGGCUGGAGCUGACCACGAAGCAGGAGAACUGGCAAAAAGGGUGGAUCCGCUGCCAGGACCGUUUCAUGAACUCAGCCUGGAGCUCUUGGCGGGAAUGGGUGUGAUGGAAAAAUAAUGAAAUAA